GCCCAGCAAACGGAGGCAGCGCCAACGGCCAUGGCUCUUCCUUUGGCCUUCGCCGCGGCGCCAGGGCCUCCGGCCGCGCCUUUCGCCGGCGCGCUCCGACGGCGCGGCGUUUCGAGGACGCGGCGGCCGAGCCGAAGGCGCGGCGGCGGCGGCUUGCGCCUUGCAGGCGUCGCUGGCGUCGCUGCCGGGCUCCUGGCGAAAUGCCCUCGUGCCCAGCGCAAAGGUUUGAUGCUCCAGGCAUCGAACAUUGGCGAAAAGGUGGUGGGCAUUGAUCUCGGCACCACCAACUCAGUGGUGGCAGCAGUCGAGGCUGCAACACCAUGCAUCAUACCCAACUCAGAGGGCGAGCGCACCACUCCCAGUGUCGUCGCGUACACGAAAGAUGGGGAGGUGCUGGUUGGGACAACAGCCAGACGGCAGGCGGCCUUGAAUCCGCUCAACACCUUCGGCUCCGUGAAGCGAUACUUUGGUCGCAGCUUCGCAGAGGUUGAGGACGACGUCUCGUCAAUGCCUUACCACAUUGUGGACAGGGAUGGAAAGGUGCGCCUGGACUGCCCCAUCUUGGGCCGGGGCCUGGCACCCGAAGAAGUCUCCGCGGAGGUGCUGAGGAAGCUUCGCAGGGAUGCCGCCUCGUUCCUAAAUGCGGACAUCACAAAGGCGGUGAUCACUGUGCCUGCGUACUUUGACAACUCUCAGCGGCAGGCCACCAAGGCCGCCGGGAAGCUGGCGGGCCUGGAGGUUCUCAGAGUCUGCAAUGAGCCCACCAUGGCAGCACUGGCGUAUGGGCUUGACCAGAAGGCGAUGCUCUUUAUGCUGGUCUUUGACCUGGGGGGUGGCACCUUUGAUGUCUCGGUCAUGGAGGCUGGCGACGGCGUGUGCGAGGUCUUGGCCACCAACGGAGAUACGCAGCUGGGGGGCGACGACUUCGAUCAGCGCGUCCUCAGCUGGCUGCUGCAGCGCUUCCAGCAGCAGCAUGGCCUCGACCUCCGAGAGGACAAGCAGGCGCUGCAGCGGCUGCUGGAGGCCAGUGAGAAGGCCAAGGUGGAGCUCUCCUCCCUCCAGGAGGUCCGCGUCUCGGUUCCCUUCAUCGCGGCGGACGAGUCGGGACCUCUGCACGUGGAGGAGGUCCUCACCCGGGAUUGCUUCGAGGAGCUGUGCGAAGACCUGCUGAAGCGCUUGGAGACGCCGGUGAAGCAAGCCUUGGAGGAUGCGCGGGUGAAGACCAGGGCAUUGAGGGAGGUGGUUUUGGUGGGUGGCUCUACACGCAUUCCGGCCGUGCAGACCCUUGCGCGGGAGCUCACAGAUUUCAAGCCGGUGAACUCUUCGAUUAGCCCGGAUGAGGUGGUGGCCAUUGGAGCUUCAGUGCAAGCAGCUAUGAUCGCUGGCGAGGUCAAGGACAUCAUGCUGAUCGACGUCACGCCCCUGACGCUGGGUGUGGAGACGGACGGCGGCGUGUUCUCCGCUGUCAUGGAGAAGGGCACUGCAGUGCCCUGGAAGGCGAAGCGGAUCUUCACCACCUCCGGUGAUGCCCAAGAUGCCAUCGAGGUGGUGGUACUCCAGGGGGAGAGGCCCUUGGCAAAGGACAACAAGAAGCUCGGCAUGUUCCGACUGGACGGCAUUCCACCAGCUCCCAAAGGCGUCGCAAAGAUUGAGGUCUCCUUCGACAUCGACGUCGAGGGUAUCCUCACGGUCUCUGCCAAAGACUGGGCGACGAGCCAGGAAAAGACCAUUCGCAUCGAGGACUCCUCUUCUCUAGAUGAUGCCGAGGUGCAGCGCAUCCUGGACGAGGCGGAGGCGAAGUGGACAGAGGACGAGGAGGCCAAGUUCCAGCUGGAGCUAAGGUACGCCGCUUCUCGCCUUCUGGAGCAGACUUCGCAGAAUCUCUUAGAGCUAGGCUACAAGGCCCCGGCGGAUGCGCGGCUGGCACUUGAGCCCAAGCUGAAGGAAGUGAAGGUCCUGAUGGAGGAGGAGGAGACAGAUCACUUCAAGUUGAUGGAUGCGGUGGAUACCUUGCGAUUCGAGCUCAUGAAGCUGGGUCUGCGCGUCUACGGGAAGCAGGUGGCGCCGGAUGGCGCCCCGGGCCCUGCGAAGCCGCGCCUGGUGGGUGGCAGUGCCGGGGGCGGAUACAUUCUGCAGGAGGAUGAGGUCUAUGACGAGGCUGCAGACAAAGCAGAGAGUGAGAAGUGGGCCAACUUGAGGAAGAAGGCGCAGGACAUGUACGGCCGGGGCAGGAAGGUUUAAAGAUCUGCUAAGCCGCUGGCAUCCGUUUUGGAGUCCGGCGCGG